AUGAGAUAUUUCUCAUUCUUUGUUGCGCUCGUGGGAGUCGCCUCGGCUACAUCUAUGCAUGGUCGUAAGAAUAAUCCCUAUUGGGCACAACAUAUCUCUCACAAGCGCGAUGCUUGCUCAGGAAAUUCCGCUAGUGAUAGACAGACUUGGUGCAACUACGAUUUGAGCACAAAUUACUACAACGUUGUACCAGAUACUGGGGUGACUCGAAAGUAUUAUUUCGAUAUUCAAGAGGUCACAGUCGCUCCUGACGGGUACUCCCGAACAGCCAUGGCUGUCAACGGGUCAAUCCCCGGCCCUACAAUUCAAGCUGACUGGGGCGACAAUGUUGUUGUGCAUGUGACAAAUAGCCUUACCUCUGCAAAGAACGGAUCGAGUGUCCACUUCCACGGUAUUCGCCAGAACUACACCAACCCCAAUGACGGUGUUGUUUCCAUUACCCAGUGCCCCACAGCACCGGGCAAGACGACAACCUACAAAUGGAGAGCUACUCAGUAUGGGUCAACCUGGUAUCACUCGCAUAUUGGGUUGCAAGCCUGGGAGGGUGUCUUCGGGGGCAUUAUAAUCAAUGGCCCGGCAUCCGGGAAUUAUGAUGAGGACAAAGGAGUGUUAUUUUUGAAUGACUGGACCCAUCAAACCGUUGAUGAGAUGUACGAUUCGGCCCAGUCAAAUGGACCUCCAACCCUGGACAAUGGAUUGAUCAACGGCACCAACGUAUACGGAGACGAUAAUUCAACAAGCCAAACGGGAUAUCGGUUUAACACCUCCUUUACGGCCGAUACUUCGUAUCGCUUUCGCUUGGUGAAUGCCGCGGUAGAUACACACUUCAAAUUCUCAAUUGACAACCAUACUCUCACUGUGAUUGCGAUGGAUCUUGUCCCCAUCGAGCCUUUCAAUACUACAGUUCUGAGCAUAGCAAUGGGCCAACGAUACGAUAUUGUUGUCAACGCAGAUCAAUCCACCGGGAAUGAGAGCUUCUGGAUGCGCGCAAUCCCCCAGUCAGCAUGCUCGGAUAAUGACAGCACGAAUAACAUCAAAGGAAUAGUGUACUACGGCAGCAGUCCCUCGACACCUACCACAACCGCAUACUCCUAUACAGAUAGUUGCGAUGAUAUGGACUCGUCUGAUCUGGUCCCCUACCUAUCACAGAGCGCAUCGUUGCCGUAUUACAAUGCCAGCGAACCUGUCACGCUGGGAACCACUUCUGAGAAUCUGUUCCUCUAUUGGGAUAACCCCACUCUGCUCCAGAUCUGGAAUAAUGAUACCUCGUUCACCAACACCAGUGGCGUGGUACACCUUCCUCGAGCCGAUGAGUGGUCUUAUGUGGUGAUUGAGACUACCCUUACGGUUCCUCAUCCUAUCCAUCUCCACGGCCAUGACUUUUUCAUUCUUGCUCAGGGAACUGGAACAUACAGUUCGUCGGACAUAACUACUCUAACCAACCCACCACGCCGUGACACCGCAAUACUCCCUAGUUCGGGCUACCUUGUCGUGGCAUUCAAGACCGACAACCCCGGGGCAUGGCUCAUGCAUUGUCAUAUUGGCUGGCACACCGAAGAAGGCUUCGCGAUCCAGUUCCUGGAACGCUGGAAAGAAGCUCGUAAAUUAAUUGACUACAGUACUCUCAACUCGACUUGUGAGAACUGGACUACGUAUACGACGGAGGCCACGCUUGAGCAGGAUGAUGAUGGAAUCUGA